CUUGGCCAGCGCCCCGCUCGCCUCCGGUGCCGCAGCCCGGCAGGCGCCUCCUCUUGCGCGGCGCCGCGCUGCUGCGAUGCUCUCCCGAGGCAGCUGUGAAGGAUGAGCGCCGCUGCCCACCGCCGCCCCUGCCCGCUCGGAGCCCUGCCGCCGCCGGUGCCGCUGCUGCUGCUGCUGCUGGAGCUGCUGCUGCUGCCGCCGCCGCCCGGCGCCUGGGGACUGCUGGCCGGCCCCGGCGAGCUGUGUCCUCGGCACUUGGAUUGCACCCUUCAGCGGCGGACUCAGUGCCAGCUGGGGUCCCACGCCUGCGGCCCCUGCCUCCCCCAGUUUGUCGAAGACCGGGAUGGCAAAUGCGUGGCCCAGACGCAAGCGCCCAAAGGCCAGACUUCUGUUGUUCCCAACCUAGAAGAAGAAAUUGAUUUGUUGUCGGAUGUGCUGUCCAAGCAGGGGGAGGCGCCUCUACGCCACAGCCAGGAAGGAAGCCCGGCCCCCACCAGCCCGCACUCCGGGAGCGGGGCGUCGAAGGCAGAGGCCCCACAGAGUGGCCGGGGGGGAUGGCCAGACACAUCCCUUCGCCCCAACACGGAGCCGGUCCACAGCUCUCCGGUGGAAUCGGAGCCCAUCUCUCCAAACGACUCCCUCAUCCUCGGCUUGAUCGUCGUGUGCACGGCAGCAGGGGUGGCAGCUCUGGUGGUGGCAACUGUUUGCUGGUGCAGGCUGCAGAAGGAGAUGCAGCUUGCCCAAAAAGCUGACUAUCCAGCAAAUAAGCUCCCUGACCUCCCGUCCUACGACAAGCUCUCUCCGGGGGAUAGAAAGCUGGCGCAGAGUGCCCAGAUGUACCACUACCAGCACCAGAAGCAGCAGAUGCUCUCCAUGGAAAAGCAGAAGGAGGAAGCCAUGGUUCCCGAAUCCGCCUCAUCGGACGAAGAGAAUGAAGACGGGGACUUCACGGUGUACGAGUGUCCCGGCCUGGCCCCGACCGGGGAGAUGGAAGUCAAGAACCCGCUUUUUGACGACUCGUUGCCCCCAAAGCUGCACCCCUGACCAGGGACUGUGGACUGUGUGCAGGACCUGCUUGAGGGGCCCGCCCGGCGGUUGGCUGUCCUCCACAAACUCUUGGCUGAAAUAAAUAUGCUUCUGCUCGGCUUUGCGUCCUCCCCUUCGGCUGGCCAGGCUCCCGGAUGUCAAGAAGAGGCUUUGUGGACUGUCUGGACUUGGCUGGGGGGAAGAGGAGGAGGGCCUGGAGCGCUGACCUGCCUGCCUGGGCCGCCUCCUGCCCCCUGCUCCCCCAGCCUUGGGCACGGCAAGACCCACGUUGCAAAAACCAGGUUCCAACACAGCAGGGUGGCCCUGCCUGCAUUUGCCUUUUUCCUUUAACAUUUUUUGCAGCCCCCAGGUAAAAAUAACCAGGCUGGGGCACAUUUAAUGCUCAGUGCGUCUCCCUUCGAGAUGAUGCUGCAGUUUUAGGAGAGAGGAAGCCGCUGGGUUCGGACAGACUCUCCCCCGCCCUGCAAAUUGAGACGCCUUUGGAAGGCGGUCGAUGCGCCCAUUUGACAGGUGGGAACCAGAAGCAGACUGAGGCUGGAAAAGGUGCACUUUCCAGGUUUAGUAGGUCCUUACCCAUUUCAUAUGCAGUUUUCAGCAUUUUCCCAAGGCAAAUCUGGGAAACUGAAUUUUGGGGUGGCUGAGAGUUCGCUUACAGGCUUUGUGGUCAGUUCCCAGGAUUUCAAGGGGAAGGAAUGUUUUGAAAGGGCUGAAAAGUGACCUCUCCAGAGGCAGGAAAGGCGGGGGAGCCAGGCCCACCCGGAGAGGGUGUUUCUGGCUGUGGGUGCCCUGCACAAGGUGCUCAGAUGCCAGUCCCACCCUGCAGCGGAGCUUCCUCCUUAGUGAGUGGGGGCUUGGAACUGGGCCCUCCCCUGGCGGACCCUCUAAGUGGGGCCAGGGGGAGUCCUUGGGAGUUGGGAAAACGGUUCUCUGGAAGAAUUUGUGCUCGCCCCGUUUGAGAUAGAAGCUGGCCAUUUGCAAAAGGCAGGAGAACCAGAACACGUCCUGUUCUUUCGGGAUGGGGCCGGCCUGGCUGCCAGGGGCCCCCUUCCUCCACCCCCACCCACCCCCCGUGGGUAGCAGAGAGGUCUCUGGGAGAGGGAAGGGGCCAGGCUGCCUUCACCGCUUAGCUCUCUGGCCAUGCUCACCCUUCUGCCAGUGUGACACACACACACCCGGCCUGGCACAAAGGGAAGGGACUUCUGCUCCAAACUCUCAACCUUUUGGCACUUCUGAGGAGUUCAUAAUCAGCCGCCAGACCGACUGAGCAAGGGCUAGGAUGGCAUUGAGCCAAGUCUUUUUUCUUUAAAUUAAAAUCGAAUCUGAAAGGUUGAUGAAUUUUCUUCCCUUCGUACCAAAUUCAGAACAUUUCCAAAGUAUUAUCGCCUUCUUAAUUCAGUAAUUAAAGGGGGGUGGGGUGGGGAGGGAAGAGGAGUGAGAUUCCUCAGUUGUUGGUAACCCACACAGUCGGCUUUUAGAAGACAUGAAGGUCCAGGCCUUCUAUCUCCCCCUAAGUUAAAGGCAGAUUCCUAUCCCUACCUUCACAAAUCCAAAGACAUUCGUAAACCCCCUGGGUAGCUGUGGCCUAUUUCUCCCUGCCGUGAGGUCUAGAAGCUUGAUGGAAAUCAGUAAAAGGAACACUAGGGCAACACCUUAUGCUCAGGUGCAGUGUGUAAGCGAAGUUAGAAAGAGGCACGUUUAUUUGUGCAGUUGCACUUGGGGAUUGCGAUGCAACUCAUGAGCAAUUUUGGAAGUUGGUGCCUUGCCGGGGAUGGUGCAGGUGGACAGGGCAGAGUGUUUUUUUGAGAAUUUUGCCAAAAGCAUUUCUUGGCUCUUUGGGUUUGAGGUGCAUUAGGGUUGCAUUAGGGCCUUUUCGCUAAGGUGCCCUCCUCUGCCCGUCAGUGUCUCAAGAGGGGUUUCUGUAAGGUCUUCCCCACGCAGAACAGAGGGACCU